AUGAGCGCGGCACAGAUCCCUCCGUAUAAGACCGGGCCCUCGUCAGGCCUCCUCGCCAUUUACCUCCGCUCCUGCGAGACGCGACAUACACUUGCACACCAUGAGCACGAGAAGCAGACUGUCUACCGUUGUGUCCUCGGUGGUGGUACCCUUGCUCUUGAGGAGGGCGUGUCUGAUUCCGUACGACACGCGAACGCUGAUGCUGAGAAGCUCCUUCGCAGCUUCCGUGCGGAGAUCCAGAACGCCCCCGGUGACAUCAAGUGGGACAUCGGGAGCGUGGAGGCACUCGUCGACGUCUUGAAGCACCCCAAUGGUAUUGACGACAGGAAGUUCAUGCUCGAGCACCUCCUCAUCUUCCUGUCCCAGCAUUCUGGGACCCCGCUCGGUGCCAAGUUGUCUGAUUCAGUCGUUGAGCUGCUAUAUGACGACCUCCCGCAUCCACCCGAAACCUACAUCGGUUCUGACCUUGGUCAGGCGGGCAAGCCGUACGCACGAAGCGCGCAGCCGGCCCACCCACUUCCCCGGAACGAGCUUCCCGAUGCGGGGCUAAUUUUCGACACCCUUCUUCGGCGAGAAGCCUUUGUCAAGCACCCUGCCGGCCUGUCCAGCUUGAUGUUCUCCUUCGCCGCCUUGGUCAUCCACAGUAUCUUCCGCACGUCCCAUGAGCACCCCAACAUCAACGAGACGUCCUCGUAUGUCGACCUCGCGCCGCUGUAUGGAAACGACCAGAAAAUGCAGGACAAGAUCCGGGUACGCGACGGCCGCGGUCUUCUCCACCCCGACACGUUUGCCGAGGAUCGACUUCUGCUGCUCCCACCGGCGGUAUCAGUGCUGCUCGUUCUCUUCAACCGGAACCAUAACUACAUUGCCAGGAUGCUGCUGCAGCUCAACGAGCGCAAACAGUGGACUGACCCGGACCUGAUUCCCAAGGACGAUCCCCAGCGCACGAUGAAGCUGCUCAAGCAGGAGGAGGAUCUCUUCCAGACGGCGCGCCUUAUCAACUGCGGCUGGUUCGCCACGGUUGUGUUCUCCGACUACUUCUGCUCGAUUCUCGGUCUUGUGCGAGACGGGAGCAGCUGGAGCUUGAACCCGUUCGAGGACAUCCGGAACUCAGACCACAGUCUGUUCGAGCGUGGACGAGGGAACGUCUGCAGUGUGGAGUUCAACUGCCUCUACCGGUGGCAUGCAACGACGUCGCAGCCCGAUGAACAGUGGACCGACCAGCUGUCAAAGCAGAUCUUCCCUGGCCAUCCUUCGACUCAGCUGCAGCGCAGGCGAGGGACGUUCAGGACGCGGAUUUGGCUGGAUUCUGCAGCAGCACACUGCGAACCCGCGGGCGCGUUCAAGGCGCGGGGCACCCCGCACGUCAUGCGGCUGCACGAGAUCAUGGGCAUCGAGUCCGGGCGGCAGUGGGGCUGCUGCUCGCUCAACGACUUCCGGCAGUUCUUGGGCUUGAAGCGGUACUCGAGCUUCCUCGAAUGGAACCCAGACAAGGAGGUGGCCGCCGCAGCUGAGAAGCUCUAUGGCGACAUCGAACGCCUCGAGCUCUAUGUCGGCCUCCAGGCCGAGGCUGCGAAGCCGGUCAUGGAGGGCGCUGGCCUCUGCCCCGGGUACACGAUCAGCCGCGCCAUCCUCAGCGAUGCCAUCGCGCUCACUCGCGGCGACCGCUACUUCACCGCGGACUACACGCCGUUCAACCUCACCUGCUGGGGCUUCGCCGACUGCCAGCGCGACACGACCGCGCCGGGCUGCGGCAGCGCCCUCGGCCGCCUCUUCCUCCGCCACCUCCCGCAGCAGUUCUCCCCGAACAGCACGUUCACCUGGUUCCCGCUCAUGACGCCCGAGGCGAUGGAGAAGGUCCUGACGAAGCUGGGCGAGGCCGACCAGUACGAUCUCAGCAAGCCGACCGUCAUCCUGCGCACGCCGGAGGUUUCCACCUACCGGGACGUCGCCCAGGCCCUGCACAGCGACCGCUUCAGCGUCAGGUAUGCCGACCGCGCGGCGAAGGUCAUCAGCGGCCAAGGCUUCUUCAUCGCGUCGGACAGCCCGAGCCGGGCUGCGAGGGAACAGCGCGCCAUUGCGGGCGUGCUCAGUGGCCACGAAGACCAGAUCCUGGCGUUCUUCCACGCUAAGACGAAAGCGCUUAUGGCGCGCGAGUCGUACUCUAUGGUGGGCGUGAAGACGCGCAGCCUCGACAUCGUCCGCGAUGUGCUCAAGUACAUCCCACUUCAGUGGGCUAGCUCCUUCGCCGGUAUUAAGCUUAAGGAGCGCCCCGAUGCGGAGGGCGACUAUACCCCGCAGGAGCUCUUCGACAUCCUGGCCGAUGUGUACUCGUGGGUCGCAACUCUGUUUAAUUGCUACGUCAUUGAUCCUGAAUAUCGCCGACAGCUUCCUCUUCCUGAUGUUCCUCCUGCGAAGCUGUUGCGCCUCCAGCAGAAAGUCAAGGCCGACAUCGACAAGCUGCUCCACAAGAUCAAGCUGUACCUGCGUGGCGGGCAGAGGUCGAGUAUCAUCGCGGUGUUCGACACGAUCACGAGCAUGUUCGUCGGCAGGGCGAAGGGCCACAAGGAGGAGAUCCUCGAGAAGCUCUGGGGCCUUGGAUACUCUCCGGACGAGCUCGCGCACUCCGUGUUGGCGGUGCUGGUCGCGUGCUCCGUCGAGCUCUCGCAGGCCGUCGUCAACGUCGUCAACUUCUACAUUGACGAGAACAAGCCGCGGGACGUGCAGGAUCUUGUGAACAAGCCUACCCCGGCAAGAAGGACGCUCAGCUCCUCUGUGGCUACGUCUGGAGGCGCUCCGUACGUACCCUGCCUUAUCAUCGCCUCCGUCGUGCGCGCCGUCUUCGAGUACAAGACGAUCCGCCGUGCGCCAGGACAGUCGGGUGUCCUCCAGCGGUUCAAGGCGGACGUGUACAAGACGAGCACAUACGUGUACCUGUCGCCCGGGCAGGAGCUCGUCCCGUGGGCGACUAACAUGGUCGUACAGUGGGACUGA